AUGGCCUCUGCAAGAAGAGUUGUGACGCGACCCGUUCGGGUGCGGGAUGAACGCAUCUUUGGCUUGGCACCUCAGCACGUCCUAGUGCUCGGCAUUCCCCUUUGCAUCGUAGCAGUCGGAUCAUUUCACUCGGUUCUAAGCGGAUCUCACCUGUCCAACCUGUCCAUCACCUCUCCAUUGCAAACGCAAACCAUUCCGUCGACCGCCGAGUCGUCCGCACCUUCAGCAGCAGCAGCAGCAGCAGCUCCCCUAUCUUACUUUGCGGACAGGAGAAACCUGCUCAAUGUCGUGUUCAUCAAGAACCUCUGGGCUUGGACUAGCCUGGCGUGGUUCUUGCAAGCCAUCACGCUCAGAGCUGCUCCAUCUCUGCAAGAGACGAGAUCCGUACAGCUAGCGCAGAACAAGAAGAGGAGGGACGUGGAUGAUGCGGGUGCGGGUGCGGGUGCGGGUGCGAGUCAAACGGAUCAGGAUGGGACCAUCGUCAGUCCGCUUGCCAGAUCAGCAUUCAGGUACGCCAUCGCUACAGCUACUUGGCCUCAUGCCAACGCCAAUGUCAAUGUCACCUUCUUCGACAGCCUCUUUGCCGCUUGGUUCUUUGGUCCCUCCUUGACGACGCGCCUUCGAGUCUGGACAGGAGCGACGUGCGUGCCUGCUAGCAUCAUCACUGCUGCUCCCGGCAUCGUCGUGCCGCCGGGUGGCAUCGAUCCGAUCAUCUGUCUGACGGGAAAAGGCAUCACGCCAGCGUCUCAUCCCACGCUGUUCUCAGCAGCUACUCUGAGCGGCGCGCAUGCCAGCGGAGUCAGAGGAGGUCACGACUUAUCAGGUCACACGUUUAUCCUCCUCCUCUCCUCGCUCUUGCUGGUAGAAGAUCUACUGCCCUACCUCUCCUAUCUGAUGCCCAGUAUUCCUCUUCCUCGUUCCUUGCGCGCAUCUCGAAAUCCCUUUAGCAGCAGCAGCAACGGCAACGGCACCAACAACGAGGUCAAAGCGCUCAUCAACAGAUCGGUCGCCUAUUUCAUCCUGCUGGUGAUCCUGCUGGAAUGGUUCUGCCUACUCAACACCGCCCUCUUCUUCCACACGCCGCAAGAAAAAGUCUCUGGCUUUGCAGCUGGCGUGCUGGGAUGGGCUUUGUUGCCCAAGGGAGGCUGA